GACAGGGAAGAGAUAGGGAAGAGAUCGAGAAAAGAGGGAGAGAAACAGACUCGACAGGGCAACGAAAGGAGAUAUUGCCCUUCUUUUGACCGAGAUUGAACCCUUUGCCAACCCUCUCACCUCCCUUAUUCUCCUUGACCCUUCCAAUCCUCCCAACCUGCCAACUUAUCGUCUGGACCCCGCUAAAACGUCUCCAGCACGAUUACGCGAUUGGCGUUUCCUCCUCCCAUCCCUCGCCCGCUACCAAAGUCUUUCCCACUCCUAGUCUAAUCGACAAGUCGCUUUCCCAUCAAAACAAAACAGCCAACUCCCAAAACCCACCGCCACCUCCCAAAACCUAAUAAUAAUACCCCUCGACACGCCGCAGACAGACUUAAUCCCAGCCAUAACAAGUCGCAGCAGCCAUGGCGGAAUUCGUUCGCGCGUCCAUCUUUGGCACGCAGUUUGAGAUCACUUCAAGGUAUUCGGAUCUCCAGCCGGUUGGCAUGGGAGCAUUUGGCCUCGUAUGCUCGGCCAAGGAUCAGCUCACAGGACAACAUGUUGCGAUCAAGAAGAUUAUGAAGCCCUUCAGCACUCCGGUCUUGUCGAAGCGGACUUACCGUGAGCUGAAGCUGCUGAAGCAUCUCAAGCAUGAGAAUGUCAUUUCCCUCAGCGACAUCUUCAUUUCCCCGCUCGAGGACAUCUACUUCGUCACCGAGCUCCUCGGCACCGACUUGCACCGCCUCCUCACGUCCCGCCCCCUCGAAAAACAAUUCAUCCAAUAUUUCCUCUACCAAAUCCUCCGUGGUCUCAAAUACGUCCACUCCGCCGGCGUCGUCCACCGCGACCUCAAGCCCUCCAACAUCCUGGUAAACGAGAACUGCGAUCUCAAGAUCUGCGACUUCGGGCUCGCGCGCAUCCAAGACCCGCAGAUGACGGGAUACGUGUCGACGCGGUACUAUCGCGCGCCGGAGAUCAUGCUGACGUGGCAGAAGUACGACGUGGAGGUAGAUAUCUGGAGCGCGGGGUGCAUCUUUGCGGAGAUGUUGGAGGGGAAGCCGUUGUUUCCGGGGAAGGAUCAUGUUAAUCAGUUUUCGAUUAUUACGGAGCUGUUGGGGACGCCGCCGGACGACGUUAUUCAUACAAUUGCGAGCGAGAAUACCCUGCGAUUUGUUCAAUCCCUCCCUAAGCGCGAAAGAAAGCCAUUAAUAGACAAAUUCAAGAACGCCGGUCCUGAAGCCGUCGACCUCCUCGAGCAAAUGCUCGUCUUCGACCCCCGCAAGCGCGUCAAGGCCACCGACGCCCUAGCACACGAGUACCUCUCCCCUUACCACGACCCCACCGACGAGCCGGCAGCGGAGGAGAAGUUCGAUUGGUCGUUUAACGAUGCGGAUUUGCCGGUGGAUACUUGGAAGAUUAUGAUGUACUCCGAGAUCCUCGACUACCACAACGUGGACGACGCAGGCGGCGACCCGGAGGUGAAGAUGGAUGAGCAGAUACCGAUUUAGGCACCCACCCACCUUAGCGGAGUCGGGGGUCGGUCGCGGUGUCGGAGAAAGGCAAGGAGUUCAUAUCAGCGGGUGAGAGGGUGGUGGGGGAGGGGGGGCGUGAUAAUCUUCUAGACCAAAGUAAUUGCGGAUCUAAAAGAGAUAUCUACCCUCCAAUAUGAGGAAGCCGAACGAAAUGGGCCUGCGGGAGUGCCUGGUAGAUGUGUGCAGGGGCAGUAAGAGUGAGCGGGAGAAAAGGGAGUGGGCAUAGUACGCGUUUUUUAUUUUGUAUAAGGACGGAUUUAUUUUUGGUCCUAUAGACGCGCACAGAACACAGAACACAUUCAUACGUUUAUUUUUUAUUCUAUAAAGGGAUAUAUAUAGUAAAGAAGGGACAUACACAUCAUUACCAUCA